AUGGCUGAUAGUGCACCUGAUAAUAACAUAAAUAAACAAGACCAUAAAGAAAAGGUUCCUACUUUAUCUCAAUCUGCUCGAUCUGGGCUUCAGUUUCCUGUAGGUCGUAUUCAUCGUUAUUUAAAGGCAAGAGGACAUAAUCAUGCACGUGUUGGAGCAAAGGCUGCAGUCUAUACAGCCGCCAUUCUUGAAUAUCUUACAGCAGAAGUUCUUGAAUUGGCUGGUAAUGCUACAAAGGAUCUUAAAGUAAAACGUAUUACACCAAGACAUUUACAAUUAGCUAUUCGUGGUGAUGAAGAGCUUGACGCGCUUAUUAAAGCCACUAUUGCUGGUGGUGGUGUUCUUCCUCAUAUUCACAAAUCACUCAUUGGAAACGCAAAGACUGGAAAGAAGAUGUAA